AUGUGGUUGAGGAAGAUCACCUGUGGUAGGAUCGCCGAUCUGAUGGGUCCAGUGUUCUACCGCGGCCCUGUACUCUCGACGAGGCACUAUGCUAAUGUUGAACAGCAACGCUAUUUGAGGUUGGACGAUAUCGGGGUAUUCGACAACGAAGAUCUCUCGAAAAGUGCCGCGCUCGUCGCUCCGUCGUCCUACCGCCGGCAUAUUCUGCUAGUUCAGCCUAUCUAUAAAAACGCCUUUGCCUCAUCGAACUACAACUCGAAGACAACCCCAGAACUGCAAUUGCAAGAGGCACAAGCUCUGGUCUCAACUAUGGAAAGUCGGCUGAGAGUUUGUGAAACAUUGUGCCUCUCCACGAAGUCGGAGAGAAAGAAACUUUUCUUCGGGAAAGGAAACUUCCGAAAGCUCCUGGAAAGGGUGGCCUAUAACGAGCGGAAGCAUGGAAACGUGACUGUCUUCCUCAACGUCAACACGCUGACGCCUUUCCAGCAAUACGAACUGCGUCUAGCUCUGGGAGUUGACGUCUACGAUAGGUAUAUGCUCGUGCUACAAAUCUUCAAACACCACGCGAGAAGUAAGGAGGCGAAACUCCAGACUUCUCUGGCGGAGAUUCCUUACUUCAGAGCGGCGAUGGGAUUCCAUGGAUCCGAUCAGAUGUUGGUUCAGCUGGGGCAGCGUGAGGUCGCGCUGAGACAAGAGCUCGAGAAUCUCAAGGAGCACCGAGCUCUCCUGCGGCAGGAGAGACGUAGAAUGGAAGUACCGGUCGCGGCUGUGGUGGGCUACACGAAUGCAGGGAAAACAUCGCUCAUCAAGAAACUGACGGAUUCCCGGACGUUGCAGCCGAAAGAUCAGCUUUUCGCAACUUUGGAUGUGACUUGUCAUCCGUCUCGUCUACCCAAGCUGGGCAAAGUACUAUACGUGGAUACCGUAGGUUUCAUCAGCGAUAUCCCCACUCAGCUGAUCGGUAGCUUCAGAGCGACACUGGAGGACGCCUUGCUGUCCGAUUGUAUCAUCCAUAUCUACGACUUGAGUCACCCCGACCUCGAGAAUCAAUGCGAGAUCGUCAUGAAAACGCUCGAGGAGAUCGAAACUCCGCGGAGGCUCGUCGAAUCAAUCGUCCAUCUGGGGAACAAAGUGGACCUUUUAUCUGACCCAGACACCGCAAUCAGCAGAGCCCAAAGAAUUCUUGGUAGUUGUAUACCGAUAUCCGCCGUGACAGCGGCAGGGAUACGCGACGCUCUGGAAGUGAUAGAGGGAACGCUCCUCGAAAAUUCGAAUAGGACCAGGCUCAAGAUCCGAUGCCGAACAGGAGGUCCGGAGUACGCACAAAUCUACCGCCGCAGCGACACGGUGCUUCAGUUGACCCCUGACAGCAGCGAUGAAAACUUUUCCAUCAUGGAGGUGACCGUCAGCCCGGCUAACCAGCAGAGGUUACGGGCGGAAUUCAAAGGAAACCCUUCGGUUGAGUUUGUGUAA